AUGUGGGACGUAAACGAUGCCAAUGUGGUGUGUGGCCAGCUGGGCUGUGGGAGAGCUGUGAGUGUCCAAGGUAGUGCCCACGUAGGUCAGGGCAGUGGUGGCAGGCCCACUUGGCUGGAUGAUGUUGGGUGUAAAGGCACUGAGAGCUCCCUCACAGAAUGCUCACAUGGAGGAUUGAAACACCAUGACUGUUUACAGGCUCAAGAUGCCAGAGUUGUCUGCUCAGUUAAACCUAAUAUCAGACUGGUCAAUGGGAGUGACCUCUGCUCUGGGAGGGUGGAGGUCUAUCAAACUGGUCACUGGCGAACCGUGUGUGACGAAGUGUGGGACUUGAAUGAUGCUGCUGUGGUUUGCAGACAGCUUGGCUGUGGGAGAGCUGAUAGGGCCCCAGAGAGGGCCUACUUUGGUCAGGGCAGUGGGCCCAUCUGGCAUGAUGAUAUUGGCUGCUCUGGCACGGAGUGCUCCAUCACACAGUGCUCACACACAAGAGGAGGAACACAUAACUGUAAGCAUGGUAACGACGCAGGUGUUAUUUGUUCAGUGGUCCUGCUACAGCCCAACAUCUCUCUCAGUCCUCCAAAUGGAGGGAUGUUUUGGGAACCUCAUGGGCCAGAGGUGAUCAGGGGCCACAGCUUCUCCAUCAUCUGCUCCAUUCAUCCACAGUAUCCUGGAGGCCUUUUCUAUCUGGACUUCUCUGGGUCCAACAGAACCGAGACUACGCCAGCAGUCAACCACUCUGCCUGCUUCCACUUCCCUGUUGCAGAGUAUAAAGACCAGGGGAAAUACAGCUGCAGCUAUGGAGUCAACAUCUCCACCCGGUCAUUCAGGUCGGCUAAUAGUGAACUAGCUGUCACCAUUAGAGUGGUCCUGCUACAGCCCAACAUCUCUCUCAGUGCUCCAAAUGGAGGGAUGUUCUGGGAACUUCAGGGGCCACAGGUGAUCAGGGGCCACAGCUUCUCCAUCAUCUGCUCCAUUCAUCCACAGUAUCCUGGAGGCCUCUUCUAUCUGGACUUCUCUGGGUCCAACAGAACCGAGACUACGCCAGCAGUCAACCACUCUGCCUGCUUCCACUUCCCUGUUGCAGAGUAUAAAGACCAGGGGAAAUACAGCUGCAGCUAUGGAGUCAACAUCUCCACCCGGUCAUUCAGGUCGGCUAAUAGUGAACUAGCUGUCACCAUUAGAGUCUUGAUCUGUAGGUCUAAACCUUGA